AUGGCAAUGACCACAAUGCGUCGAUCACCCGAGGCCGCCAAUGGCGGCUCGAUCCAUCCUUCCGAUGACCAUAGAUAUGGCAUGAACAGCUAUGGUCCCGCGAUGCCACCACAAGUCCCACGAACACGCUCCGUAUCUUCCAGGGGCCCUCUAGCUGCCCAGACGGCGGGGCAGACGCCGGGACGGUCAUUCUCAGCCAGGGCUCGGGAUCUACCUCCCGGAAGCAUGAACUAUACAACUCGCAAGCCAGUCUCUCAGGCUGCUCCCAUGCAACCAGAAGAAUCAAACACACCCCGAGGUAUGCCACCAGCACCUCUGCCUCCAGGGUCGAAUACCACGGCUUCAACAGCCGAACAACGGCGUGGUUGGGCGUCUGAUCGAUCUCCAUUACAAAAAUUGGAGGUUACUUUGACUGGGAUUACCAAGGAGGAAAAGCGUGCACGGGUUCAGGAAGCAGAAAUGAAAGCUCGAGAGCGGCUAGCACGCCAGAAAGCCGAGCGGGAGAAGGCGGAAAGUAUGGCCGCAGCGGCUCAGGCAGAGCAGAACAUGCGGGCGGCCGCUGUCGCAGCUGCAAAGAGGAAGGAGAUAAUUCCUGAGCCGCGAUCUGGAAGCACGGCAGUGCGCCACAGCAGAGCAUUGUCCAUGAACCCCCAGUAUCCUGCUGUUCACCGUGCUGAGGAUCCACAGUAUGCACGUACGGAGGAUACCAUAUCGCCAACCGCAAGAACAGGCGGUGUUCCCAGAAAGUUGGUCGCAAUGGGCGUGCCAGUGGCAAAGCCUGACGACAAUGUUCGCUCGAUUUCUCAGGCAGACCCCAGAGUAGCUGCGCCCAUGCUCAGCGAGGAGAGGAUGGAUGAAAAUCAAUCACCAACACAAACGUUCCAGGAUAGUGUGGACUCGCAACCCAGGCCGAAAAAGCAGCAGACCGUGUCCUUUGAUGUGCCACCUCCUACACCACCCCCAAUCUUCGAGUGGAGAAACCCACAAGUUGCUCGUCUCGGGGUCUCGGAUUUUGAUUUCCAACAUCUUGAUGCCGACCGCAGCAAAGCAUGGUGGGAAGGCGGCGGAACGACCGACCGCAGAAAGAGCAGAGCUCUGCCCAAGAACUACCAGACGCCAGCUCAGAAACUAUCAGGAGUGAACGAGCACAAGACUUUCCAGCCCCCGCUGUUCUUGAAAUGCGGUCCAUUGAUCCGAUACACGGGCAUGAAACAGACCAAGGUCGAUGGAACACAUGGGCCUGUUGACAUGAAGAUAUGGCGAGGCACUGUCAUGAUUGUCACGACAGAUUCCCGCUCUUCUUACAUUACUCCACCCACCUUACGCCUAUUUUCCCAGCCCAUGGAUCUCCUGCCUCCCCCGCCUGUCGAAAUCAGCGGCGAAGAGGGCGUCCAAUUGGCGCCUGAAUAUGUUGACCCGACAGCCGGUCUUAUGAAAGUUGGCCGUGACGGGCGACCGCUCUACGUCAAACCGGUAGAUCAUCUCGAGGAGGAAGUGGAUCUGUCAUUCGUCGAAAGCGAUGAUGGCAUCUACGAAAUGUCGCCCAGCAUGAUCGAUUACAGCAGCGAGGCUUCCAAGCAGCCAAUACCCUCCAAUCGCAUCCACUCAGUUGACGGAGAAACGGCGGAAGUUUACCGAGAUAUCUCAGGAGUUCGUUUGUACGCCGAUGCCGCGAGAGAUGUGACGUUCUGGAGAUUUUCCCUUGAGAUCGAACUGAGCUCAACGCAACAGCGGAUCGCAUACCGAAUCAACCAGGGACCUGCCCUGGGAUUCUGGGUUCCCGCUGCAGGCCAAUCCAUGAAUAUCAUGUUCCACAGCGGCAAUGGAUUUGGGCCAUCUGUCGAUUCCAACCAACUCUGUGGCCCUGAUCCGCUCUGGCGAGAUGUCCUCAAUGAGCACCAGACUCGCCCAUUCCAUGUGAUGAUUGGAGGAGGCGAUCAAAUAUUCAACGACUCUAUUGUCACAGACUCGCCGCAUUUCCAGGAAUGGAUGCAAAUCAAGAACGUCACCGAGAGGAACGACACCCCUCUUAAUCCUGACUUCCGCUCUGAGCUGGAGGAAUUCUACUUGGACAACUAUUCUCGAUGGUUCUCACAAGGUCUUUUCUCGUUGGCCAACUCCCAGAUUCCCAUGGUCAAUAUCUGGAAUGACCAUGAGAUCUUUGAAGGCUUUGGCUCCUAUCACCAUGAUUUCAUGCAGAGCUUUGUUAUUUCGGGGCUGGGCAAGAUCGCCUUCAAGUACUAUCUGUUGUUCCAACACCACAGCGUCCCAGAGGAGACUGAGACGGACGAACCCAGUUGGCUUCUGGGUGCUCAACCCGGUCCUUACAUUGAACAGCAAAGUCGAAACUUGUUUAUGUCUUUAGGCCACGGGGUUACGUUCCUCGGUCUGGAUUGCCGCACCGAACGCAUGAAUAACGAAGUUCUCAACGAGUCGACUUGUGAUCGUGUGUGGGAUCGAUGCCAAGGAGAGAUCAUGAGAGGAGAGACAAAACAUCUGAUUGUACUUUCGAGUGUUCCAGUUGCUUAUCCUCGAGUGGCAAUGCUCAAGAAUUUUAUGAAUAAUCGCAAGUCGCUGGGCAAAUCUGGAAUGCUGGGUGGACUUAUCAACAGAUCUGGCGGCAAUGUAGAGUUAUUCGAUGACCACUGGACUGCAAAGAAUCUCAAGUCAGAACGAACAUGGCUGGUUGAGGACCUCCAGGAUCUAGCAGCAGAAAAAUCUGUGCGAGUCACAAUCUUGAGUGGUGAUGUUCACCUUGCCGCCAUCGGACAGUUUCAUUCGAGCUCUAAACUUGGAAUCGCCAAGGACCGCGACUAUCGAUACAUGCCCAACGUGAUUUCUUCAGCCAUCGCCGAUAUCCCCGAGACGGAGCUCGUCUCGGACAUGCUCAACAAACGCAGUACGGUGCACCAUAUGGAUUCGAAUACGGAUGAGGACAUCAUUCCCAUCUUCACUCAAGAUGUCAAUGGCAAGCCUCGAAACAACAAGCGAUUACUUCCUCGGCGGAACUGGUGCUCAAUCAGAGAAUACCACCCUGGUUUCACGCCGCCAGCGACGCCUGAACCCAUGACACCACUAACGGAGCCUCGGCCCGGCAUGCUCCAGCGGACCUUGUCACUGGGACGCGGGGGAGACAGAGACAAAUCUAGCAACAAACCAGGCGGUGGUCUUCUACGACGACUGUCUAAUCGUGCGGGAGGGGGGCCACCGACGAGAUCCUUCAGUUUUGGCCCCGGCGGAAAGAGGCGCGCCAGCGUCGACAGCCCACUACGCCCAAGGGAAAAUGGCGACAGCUACUUUCCCGGCGGAGACCAGCCUCCUCCUCGCCCAGGCCCAUUCCACCGCCGGCCAAGCAACCUCGGCAGAAAGCCGUCAAAGAAGAAGAACAAGAUCGAAGAUGAUGGCGCGGGCGCCUUCAUCGACCUUGAAGGUGGACUGGCCAUCACGCUGAACCUGGAGGUCAGCCCUAUGGACCCGUCUGGGAUUACGAUUCCCUACAAACUUCUCGUCCCGGUGCUGCGUUACCAGGGCAAUGAAUAUGACCCGCCCCCGACACAGGUGGUCAAAGGAUGGAAGAAAUGGCUGAAAGUGCAGCGGAAAAACGAGGCAGAGGCUGAUGCCAGUGAGGACGAACUUGAUGAUGACGAUGAUGACUUGAUCAAUAACACGCGCGCCAACGCGGCGAACCACGCCGGAGGAUCACGAGAUUACGGCGUUUAG